AUGGAUGACCUGCUGAACCUCGAGCUUCUAUCGCUCGUGUCAAAGGUCACGUCCGAACUUCAAAACCACGUUGGUGUCGGCGACAAAACUCUGGCAGAGUUCCUCAUCUCGCAACGCCUCGAAAGCUCCAGCGCCGAUGACUUUCGCAAAAGACUCGACAAAAUUGGCGCAGACUUUCCGCCCAGUCUGAUAGAUAGUCUGGAUCGUCUAGUGCUUGCUAUGCACCCCAAGUUCAAAGGAAAGGCCAUUCAAAGCAACGGAGAGGAACACCAUUCUCGAACGUUCGAAGAGAAGGAGAAGGUCUUCAGCGGCCUCGCGCUGGCGGAUAAAACUGUUGAUUACGACGACGGCGCAAAUGCGAUAGAUGAUACACUUGCCUUGCUGGAAGGGUUAGAACCAAAGGCAAAGAAGGAAAAGUCGAGAAAACGCAGUAGAAGUCCGGGAUACGACGACAAAGACUCAAGGAGACGGCGAAGAGACAGAUCUCGUUCCCGCCACCGACACCGGAAAGAUCGAUUUAGAUCGCGGUCUGGAUCGCAAGAUCGAGGCGAUGAAGACUGGAGAGACGGUUUGAAAGACCCGGUCAAAGACAGACGUGGACGGAGGCGAUACGAAGACGAAGAGGACGAUGACAGUCAAUUUCGCAGAGCGCCGGAUCGUGAAGUCGACGACACGCCAAAGAUGCACAAGAUUUAUGAGGGGCAUGUUACAAAUGUCAAACCAUUUGGCGUUUUUGUCAAUCUGCAUCAUGUUCGCGGAAAGGUAGAUGGCCUCGUCCACAUCUCGAAAAUCAUCUCAGGUCAACGAGUGAACCACCCUGCCGAUCUGUUAUCUAUGGGACAGCAUGUUUGGGUCAAGGUUACCAGCAUUCAAGAUAAACAAAAAGGUUCACAUAUGGAGAAACAAAUCGGGCUAUCCAUGAACGACGUGGAUCAAGAAACCGGCAUGGACUUAACACCGCAGUCUCGACUUACAACGGGAGCGAAUAUGGAGGCUCUGGGAGGUGGAGGCAAAAAUGGAUUCGUCAAUGAAACGUCGGUGAUGCCGCGAGAUGCGCUUGGGCCUCCAAGACGACACAAGAAGCGCAUGACAUCUCCUGAAAGAUGGGAAAUCCGGCAACUUAUUGCGUCUGGAGUCGCCAAGGCCUCAGACUACCCUGACUUGGAAGAGGACUACAAUGCCACGCUCCAAGGCGACGGAGAGAUGGAAUUGGAAGAAGAUGUGGAUAUUGAAGUUCGCGAGGAGGAACCGCCCUUCUUGGUUGGCCAAACAAAACAGUCGCUGGAACUGUCACCAAUCCGCGUUGUCAAGGCACCAGAUGGCUCGAUGAACCGCGCUGCCAUGUCCGGCACUUCGAUUGCCAAGGAACGGAAAGAGCUCAAACAGCAAGAAGCAGAUGCCGCCGCCAAGGAGAAACAGUCUAAUCAAAACCUCUCAUCGCAGUGGCAUGAUCCCAUGGCGGACCCUGACAAGCGGACGUUUGCGAGUGAAUUGAGAAACGCAAGAAUGCAAGCCGAGUCAGAAGAUGUUCCGGAAUGGAAGAAGGCAGUCAUUCCCAAGGGCCAGUCUCUCGGCAAGCGAACCAACCUGAGCAUCAAGGAGCAACGGGAGUCUCUCCCCGUUUACGCCUUCCGCAGCCAACUGAUCAAAGCUGUACGGGAGAACCAGAUUCUUAUUGUUGUCGGUGAGACUGGUUCUGGGAAAACGACCCAGCUCACUCAGUACCUGGCGGAGGCAGGCUUUGCAGACCAGGGCAUCAUUGGCUGUACUCAGCCUCGAAGAGUCGCUGCAAUGUCUGUUGCGAAGCGUGUCGCAGAAGAAGUCGGCUGUAAGAUGGGUGAAGAAGUCGGCUACCUGGUUCGAUUCGACGACUGCACCAGUGCCUCAACGAGAAUCAAAUACAUGACGGAUGGUAUGCUGCAACGAGAAAUUCUUAUGGAUUCGGAUUUGAAGCGGUACUCGUGUAUCAUGUUGGAUGAGGCGCACGAACGUACAAUUGCCACGGAUGUCCUUUUCGCCUUGCUCAAAAAGGCUGUCCUUCGUCGACCAGACCUCAAAAUUAUUGUCACCUCGGCUACUCUCGACGCAGACAAGUUCUCAUCCUAUUUCCACGAAUGCCCCAUCUUUACAAUUCCCGGCCGAACUUUCCCUGUGGAAAUUCUAUACUCGAGGGAGCCAGAGUCAGACUAUCUGGAUGCAGCUCUAGUGACUGUCAUGCAAAUUCACCUGACGGAGCCAAAGGGCGAUAUUCUUCUCUUCCUAACAGGAAAGGAAGAGAUUGAUACGGCUUGCGAAAUUUUGUACGAGCGGAUGAAAGCACUGGGGCCAUCUGUCCCUGACCUCUUAAUUCUCCCCGUCUACGCUAGUUUGCCUGCCGAGAUGCAGAGCAAGAUUUUCGAUCCAGCGCCACCAGGGGCUCGAAAGGUCGUCAUUGCCACAAACAUUGCCGAGACGUCUAUUACCAUUGACGAGAUCUACUACGUUGUUGACCCUGGGUUUGUCAAACAAAACGCCUAUGACCCCAAGCUGGGAAUGGACUCCCUGGUCGUCACACCCGUUUCACAAGCCCAAGCAAACCAAAGAGCCGGUCGAGCUGGCAGAACAGGACCCGGCAAAUGCUUUAGAUUGUACACCGAGGCUGCAUAUCAAUCUGAAAUGUUGCCCACCACGAUCCCCGAAAUUCAGCGCCAGAACCUGUCUCACACGAUUCUCAUGCUUAAAGCCAUGGGCAUCAACGACCUCCUGCACUUUGACUUCAUGGACCCCCCUCCCGUGAAUACCAUGUUGACAGCCCUGGAAGAGCUCUACGCACUCAGCGCCCUGGAUGACGAAGGCCUCCUCACACGUCUAGGCCGCAAAAUGGCCGACUUCCCCAUGGACCCCGCCUCGGCCAAGGUGCUCCUUGCCGCCGUAGACCAUCAAUGCGCCGAAGAAACUCUCAGCAUCAUUGCCAUGUUGUCCCUCCAAGGCGCAGUCUUUUACCGACCCAAGGAGAAACAAACACAAGCAGAUCAAAAGAAGUCCAAGUUUCACGACCCGCACGGCGACCACCUCACCCUCCUCAACGUCUAUAAUUCGUGGAAACAAAACGGCUAUUCCAACCCGUGGUGCUUUGAAAACUUCAUCCAAGCUCGCUCCAUGCGUCGCGCAAAAGACGUCCGCGACCAGUUGGUCAAGAUCAUGGACCGCUACAAACACCCCAUUGUCUCAUGUGGUCGCAACACGGAUAAAGUUCGCCGCGCCUUGUGCUCUGGUUUCUUCCGCAACGCGGCGCGCAAGGACCCUCAAGAGGGAUACAAGACUCUUACGGAGGGAACGCCCGUGUAUUUACAUCCUAGUUCGGCGCUGUUUGGUAAACAGGCAGAAUGGGUGAUUUACCAUGAUUUGGUGUUGACUACGAAGGAGUACAUGCAUUGUACGUCGUCCAUCGAGCCGAAGUGGUUGGUGGAAGCGGCGCCGACGUUCUUCAAGGUCGCACCGAGUGAUAGGUUGAGCAAGAGGAAGCAGGCGGAGAGGAUUCAACCACUGUAUAAUAAGUAUGCUACUGAGGAUGAUUGGAGAUUGAGUGCUCAGAGGAGAGGUGGAAGGGGUGGUGGCGGCGGCGGUACCUGGGGUUAG